CUGAAAUUAAAUAAAAUUCUGUUUUGACUUGGAUAUUUAUCAUGGGCAUCCAGAAUUCAAAAAUAUAUUCCAGUCCUCUUUCUGUUUUUUCAAGGAAGAACAAGGAUGCCAAGCUUGUUGAAAAUAUUACUAUGCAUGAUAAAGAGGACCAUAAUGACAAAGAAUUGAAGGAAUUAAAGGAAGAGGAGGAAGAAGAGAAGGAGAGAGUAGAAGACAGAUCUGAAGAAGAUUUGGAUGAAGAGAUAUUCUUUAAGUUUGUGAUUCUGCAUGCUGAUGAUGACAUCCAUGAAGCUCUCAGGGUUCAAGAGAUGCUGCAAAAUGACUUUGGUAUUAAACCUGGAAUAAUCUUUGCUGAAAUGCCAUGUGGCAGACAGCAUUUACAGAAUUUAGAUGAUGCUGUAAACGGGUCUGCAUGGACCAUUUUUUUAUUGACUGAAAACUUUUUAAGGGACACUUGGUGCAAUUUCCAGUUCUAUACAUCCCUAAUGAACUCUGUUAAUAGACAGCAUAAAUACAAUUCUGUCAUACCAAUGAGACCCCUGAAUAAUCCUCUCCCCAGAAAUAGGACUCCAUUUGCCUUACAGACUAUCAAUGCUCUGGAAGAAAAAAGUUGUGGCUUUUGUAAACAAGUAGAAAAAAUUUUCCAGGAUUCUGUGUAUGAGAAACAAAAAGCCAUAUGGAAAACUGAAAAAAAUACAGUAGAUGCUUAGAAAAGUAAGAGGAAUAGGACAUUUUGGUGAAUGCAGCACAAUAAAAUGAUAUCAUUGGAGGGGGGAGGGCAAAAUGAUGUUGCCAUUUUAUAACAUCUUCAAAAAAAGUUAAAUAAAAUUUCUGAGAAAGCAGAAUAAGAAUGAUGCUUAUUCUGGAAAAAGUC